CACACAAUAUAAAAAUUGUUCUUCUCUUAGCUUCUUUUGUAGGAUAAACUCUAUAAAGAAAGUAAGAAAACACUAAUAAGUAAUAAGGAGAUCCAUGGAGGUUUCUUACACUGAUCAAGAAGUUACAGUAGGAACAGUGAAGCUCAGUUCUAACAGACUCAACGACCUCAAAUCAUUCGAUGAAACAAAAACUGGCGUCAAGGGUCUUGUUGACAAAGGCCUUACAAAGAUUCCAUCACUCUUCCAUCACCAACAUGAUAAUACGAAAUCUGACAAAGCCGCAAAUGUAUGCAACUCAGAACAUACAAUUCCAGUUAUAGACCUUGAAGAUGUUGUUGUUACCAAAGAUCCAAGCAAACGCGAAGGAGUUGUUUCAAGAAUAAGGGAAGCUUGUAAGACAUGGGGUUUCUUUCAAGUGGUGAAUCAUGGCAUCCCUGAGAGUGUUCUUGAGGAGAUGAAAGAUGGGGUUAGAAGGUUCUUCGAACAAGACGAUGAAGUGAAGAAAAAGUUUUAUACACGUGACCAGAAUAGGUCGUUUAUUUAUAACAGUAAUUUUGAUUUAUAUAGUUCACCAGCACUUAAUUGGAGAGAUACUUUUGUGUGUUAUCUUGCUCCUGAUAAUCCUAAACCAGUAGAAUUGCCAGUAGUAUGCAGGGAUAUCCUUCUUGAAUAUGGGACUAAUAUUAUGAAAUUUGGGAUUGCACUCUUUGAAUUACUAUCAGAAGCUCUUGGUUUGCAUUCAAACUAUUUAAGAGACAUAGGUUGCACUUAUGGACGUAUUUUGCUUUGUCAUUACUACCCUGCAUGUCCUGAACCUGAACUAACUUUGGGAACCACCAAGCAUUCUGAUAACGACUUUAUCACGGUGCUUCUCCAAGACCAUAUUGGCGGCCUUCAAGUCCUUCAUGAGGAUAAGUGGAUCGAUAUACCGCCGGUACCAGGGGCUCUAGUGAUCAAUAUUGGUGAUCUUCUGCAGCUUAUAACAAAUGAUAUAUUUAAGAGUGUUGAACAUAGAGUACUGGCAAAUCUCAUUGGUCCAAGAAUAUCUGUUGCAAGCUUUUUCUGCUCAGGUAUGAGAUCAUCAUCAAAGCUUUAUGGUCCUAUAAAAGAAUUGUUAUCCGAAGACAAUCCUGCAAAAUACAGAAAAACUACGAUGGAAGAGUAUGCAGCAUACUAUAAUGCCAAAGGUCUUGAUGGAACCACUGCUCUUGAACAUUUUAGAGUUUGACUAGAAAAAUUUGAAACUGGAGUUAGUUUAAUAAUCAUGUUGGUAGUGACAUAAUUUGUAAUUGUAAUUGAGAUUUAGUUAUAUAUAAGUUGAACAUUUGGUUAGUUCCUUAUUAAAAAAAAAAAAACAAUAAUAAUGAUACACAUAUUUGCUUGGUUAUAUAGAAAGCAAGGGCUUAUUCAGCCAAAUGUUCGCUUCAUAGCUUUUUGAAAUAAAAAAAUAGAAAAAAAAGAAAAAUUGAAUAAGGGAAAAAAUAUUAAAAAUAAUAAAAUAAAGUGUCAGUGAAAUAGUAUUUUAGUCUUCUUUAAAACAUAUUACUUCAAUCUUGCAACUCAAUUGUAAAUUAUUACGUAUGGGUGGCAAAGCAGCCGGCCCGCCUCUUUUUUUUUGAAAUAUUUUUUAGAACAAUGUUAGGGAGCCAGCAACAUUUGUGAUUAGUAGCCAUCAAAUAGCCAUCAAUGAUGAUUUAAUGGUGUGAGAUUGUUGUGAGAUUUCAUCCAAUGGCUCACCUUUCUCUGCUGGUUACAUGCUGGCCAAAAUUCAAUAAAAUUGUUGGUCCCCUAGACUUUUCCUAUUUUUUAACAAAUUUUUUUAUGAUCAAAUUAAAUUUAACAUAAUAACGAUUAUUUUGUAAAAUAUCUCCACAUAUCAGAUGUUGUUGCUUUUGUCUUUUUUUUUUUUAAAUCUUCUGCAGUUUCAGAUCUUUAUUUUUAGGAUUGUGUUACAUUCCCACCAUCAACUUUCAUAGAGACAGAGUUA